AUGUCGUCGGUGUCUACUGUUUCAUCGCCCAUAGCUGAUGAUGAUUGGAUUAGAAUCGAAGCGGAUCAAAUGCAUGGCCCGACACCGCCGCUCAUGUCGGCAAGCGCAAAAAUAUUCACCAAGAAGAGGAGGGAGAGGGAGGAGAAGAGGAGGGAGAGGGAAAGGGAGAAGGAAGAGAAAAGGAGGGAGAGGGAAAGGGAGAAGGCACGGCGAGCAGCAGAAAUGGACCUGAAGAAGAAAAAGAAAUCUGAAGAAAGGACUGCGACGACGAGCACAGCCGAUUUACCGAGGAAGCAACCAAGACCAAGACCAGCCUACCGUACUCUCAACUCAGCCAUUAAUUUGGAGAGUGAGAAGGAGAACGUGCGCACCAGUAACUACCCACCAACCCUUCCUCAGACAUGGGAUUUUGUUGUCCAAACAGGCCCACGCAGUGCCUUGGCCAACGUCCAUCAUCAACAUCAAUCCAUCUCUCAGGAACAGUCGAACGAGGUAUCAGCGAGUGGUGGAACUGUGACAGCAGAGGGAGUGCAAGAUCACAGUGAAGGAGGAAGAGCUUAA